GAAGAAAGCGUUCAGAACAGUGGACACAUGAAAAAACAGAUCGAAAUUCUGAAGAAACAGAGCGAAAUUAUUGAACCAUUGUUGAAUUUGAACAGUCUAACGUCCGACCAAGAUAUUGCUUUCUACACAGGAUUUCCCAACUAUGAUAUAUUUAUAGCACUUUUUAAUUACCUUAACCCUGGGACACAUGGGGAAAAUAUAAGGUAUGUGAGGGAAAAACCAAAUGAUUUUUAUGUUGCCAUCGACGAUAGUGAACCAGAGAAGGAAAAUGGUGAGAGAAAGAAGGGAAGGCCAAAGAAGCUUAAACCAAUUGAAGAAUAUUUUAUGGUGUUGUGUAGGUUACGCAGAGGUUUUUCAAUACAGCAUUUAUCACACUUGUUUGGUGUCGCAUCAUCCAGUGUAAGCAGAAGUUUGACAGCCUGGAUCAACUUUAUGUACUUAAAGUUUGGUCAAAUUAACCUCUGGCCAUCGAAGCAACUUGUGCAAGACACUAUGCCUGAUGUAUUUAAAGAAAAAUAUCCAAACACUCGUGUCAUAAUAGACUGUACCGAAAUAAGAUGUGAGAUGCCGGGCAGUUUAUUAUUGAAUGGUGAACUGUUCAGUUCUUAUAAGAACCACACAACGCUUAAGGGAUUGAUAGGGAUAGCACCAAGUGGAGCCAUUACUUUUAUAAGCCAGCUAUACACAGGGUCUAUAUCUGACCGGGAGAUUGUGAUUCGAAGUGGUUUCCUUGACCAAGCUUUUGUUGAUGGUGAUACAGUCAUGGCUGAUAAAGGAUUCACCAUACAAGAUCUUCUACCAUUGGGGACAACUCUGAAUAUACCACCAUUCCUUGGUCAGAAUUCCCAAAUGGGUGCUGAAGAUGUUAUCCGCACACAGCAAAUUGCUAGUGUGCGAAUUCAUGUUGAAAGGGCUAUAAAUCGCAUUAAAAACUACAAGAUUUGGAGUGGGGUAGUACCCCUUAGCUCAUUUGGACUUGUGAAUCAAAUGUGGUCCAUAUGUGCAUUUCUGUGCAAUGCACAAGACAAACUUAUCAGCAUAUAAUUUCUGAAAUUAUGAGAACUGUAUUUGUGUGGAAAUAUUCAGGUAAAUUAAUCAAUUUGUUAUAUAUUAUUAUGAAUUUAAUAAUUAUUAUUUAUAAAUAUAUUAUUUAUUGAGAAUAAUUUAUGAAUUUAUAAAAUAUUUUGAGUGUAAAUAUAAUUAAAUGAUUACUGUAAAUUUAAAAUGCAAAUGAAUCAAAGUUAUGAAUGUAAUAAUGCUAUUGAAAUGAAAUGAAAUAAAUGGUCUACAUUUAAAAAUUAUUUGUGUUGCAUGGAUUACAAAUAACAUUAGUGCACAUACACUGUACUUAAAGACACAGUAGCACCUUUUGAGCAAUCUGUUUUAGUUACCUGCCAACAAGGUUUAAUUGAAUUAACUUAUUGUUAAUGUUCAAAUUGAAAAUUGACUAAAUGUAGACAACAAAAAUGCUUCCUAAAACACAUUGCUCAAAAGGAACUACUGUGCCUUUACGUACUAUGUCAAACAAAAGACCAGCAAUCGCAAAGCUAUAAGCUAUUGUGCAUUGUAUUCAGUAGUUGCCAAAUUGAUGAAAUGAUCAAAGUAAUAUGACUGCAACAUAUUUCUCAUAUUUAUCCAGUACUGGUGAUCAUAUUUAAUUCUCUCGAUGCUGAGUCCCUUGUCAGUAUAUAUAACAAAAUCACACCACUUUGCUUGUGUCACUCCUAGUUGACCUUGUAUCUGAGCAUAGUAAUCAUGGUCAUGCUUGAGUUGUGGUAUUCGGAAAUCGAUCGGCCAGCAACUUCAUGUGAACAAAACUUUGGAUCUGAACAGGCAUCUAAAGGAGUUACCCUGUAUUUUGUCUCAGGGCAUUUUACCUUGACAAGACCAUAGGGUUCACUGCAUCCUGCAUCAAUAACUUUCCCAUCUGGAGAAGCUCCAAGGAAAGGUGCAUCUUUGCAUACAACAAACCCUGAUUUGAAUAACACUACAGGUUUUCCAAUUGCAUGCAUAUAUUUCUGGUAUUGUUGCAAUGCAGUUGACUCAUACUUGUUGCCAUGGGCUGUGUACUUUGAAUUAAAGGGCUUUGGAUUGAGCAAGUUAUUUGCAAGAGAAUCAUGAUUUCUUUUCCUUUUAGUGAUAAGUCCAAAGUUUGAGGCAGUUAACCUGUACUUUCUUUCACAUUUCCAUUCUGCAGACUGGGCUUGAGCCCUUGUUUUCUUUUCAAUAUCAUUCAGCUUGCCCUCAGUAACACAUAAUUGUUCGAUAAACUUCUUUUCAGAUUGACUGCAACUGUUUGGGCAUUUAAAAUCAGGUAUAUCAGUAAUUGGAAAGAUUGGAUAUAAGGUUGUGUCAAUGUUUUCCUUAUCAUGUAGAGUUUUUCUUGAGACAGAAUUUAUGUCACAGAAAACAUUGAAAUUAGACUCUGUUAAGGAAAGUUGAUAGCUUGCAUAAGACCCUCUCGGACUCUUACCAUACAAUGUUUCCACAUAGUCAUCUUGAUCACCAGCAUGAUCAGCAUCAUUCAUGAUUUGUGCUAAAGCCGUCGAAGGGUGUAAUCGUUCAAGAUUUUGCUGUAAAUUUAAUUCAUCUUUUUUCUGGGUCCUCAAGUUUGCCCGAGCUUCGAACAAGUUACACUGGACGCCUGAUUUUUUACGUAGAGAUUCACUACCAGAGGAAUUCGAAGUGUUAUAAUCAAGCUUCGUUUUCUUUACAUUAACUUCCAUAACUGGUUGCGGCUGUAUAGAAUCUCCUCUACCCUUUCUGUGCCACCUCUGUAAACUAGACGUGCAAGCUUCUGUGGGUAACAUGUCAUCGUCUUUAUUUAAUUCAGAAACAUCUUUACAAUCAUAAAGGCUAAACUUGCAUAUUUUCAACAUUAAAGCCAACACAUGAUUACAGAAACCAAUCUUUCCUGCAACACAGGAACAUUGGGCAUUCUUGACCUCUGCAGAUACAAUGUCCAAAGCAAUCUUCAACUUGUGCGGUGGUUCAUUCUUUUUAAAGCUGUGAUAGCACAGACAUUUACAAUAAAAGUGUUUCUCGUCGCUGUUGGCUAACACGUCUUUUAGGUAUUCAUCAUCUAGAAAUGUUUUGGCUCUUCUCAUACAUGUUGGAACUGUAUGAUUUUUGCUAUGUGGAUAGAAGGACUUGCCACAUUUUGAGAUAUGCAAGUUCAUCUCUGCACGAGUAUAAAAUAAAGGCAUACGACUCAGAGAAGUCGACCAACUGUUUGUCGGGUAGAUAACUCGACUUGUAUUUAAUGUGUUUUCCAAUUCCGGUUCGAUUUCUUGGGAAGUUUGUUUUCUCGCUUUUCUUUUCGAAAAUAUCUUGUUUUCGUCGGGGUCAACGAUGCUCUUGUCGCGGCCUGAUUUUACAUACUUGUCAACCCUUCAAUGAAAAACCAAAACAUAAUAUCAACGCAGCGCAAAAUCGAGUCCAUAUUGACACAUGUAGAAUUUUUUAAACUUACCGUUUUACGAAUUGUGCCUUCGUUUUAAGGCCUUUGCACGAAUCACCACGACAUUUUAACCAAAAACGAAGCUCGUCCAUCUUUAGCUUAGAAGGUAUUCUUCCAGCUAAGGAAGCACCGGGAAUAUCCUCUUCGGUUAAUUCUACGUCAAAGUUAUCAAAACCUGAUGAGGCCAUGUUAUUUAAAAAAUAUAAACAAUUUCAAAGUUUUCGCGCGAAAAAUUAACCUGACUAGCCUCGUUUUCGUGUAACUCGCCACAGUCCUCCAGACUUUGACAGCUCUUUUUCGAAUCGGUGUAUUGGCCUGAUGGUUUUGCUAUUAAAAAAGUGAGUGGUUAAUCAAUGAAAAUGUAAAGCAAAAUAAUUUUUUGUAGUUGUUGUAAAUGGACUGAUAAAUAAUGGAAGUAUAUAUUAAAUGUAUACCAAUGGGGAAUUCUAAAUAUAAAGUGAUUGAUAUAGUAAUUUCCCAAAGGUUUCCAUAUACCAAUAUGUUGAUGGUGAUAUUAAUAUUAUUAUUAAUCAUGACGUGGCACAAAAAAUAUAUAAUGUGUGUUUGAGAGUUAAUAUCUAGAAACAUUCUUCUUUAUAUUGUAAUAGUUAGCCCAUGGCUAUAAUGUCAGAUAUACAAUUCUAAAAGUGUUCAUCCAAAUGGGUUCCCAGUCUUCAAAUGUGUGCCAGAUGGUUUAGUAAUGUUGCCUUGUUUAGCUGUUCAUCUGCUUGAAGUGAAUAAUGUAGUUUUGCUGAGACCAAUGUGUCCCUGAGGCUUUUGUUCUUUUGAUAUGCUACAAUUGGAGGUUCUGGCCAUAGAAUUUGCAAUGUAGGAUAAUUUUCAAUGACGUUCCAGUGUUUACGUAGUAUUUGUGCAAUGUAUUUCGUAUUACUAUUGUAUUGAGUUGUGAAUAUUGGUUUGUUAGUUGUUUUGUUUGCAUUUUCUGUUUUAUAAAGUAAUUCAUUCUGUGUGUAUAGUAUUACUUUGUUAAAAGAUGUGAUAAUGUUGUCAUGUUUGUAGCCUCGGUGAAUGAGUGCAAUUAGUAGGUUGUCCAGUCUUUGCUGUAGUCUCGUAUUAUCAGUGAUGAUACGCGCGUCUAUAUUGUAGUGCUUGGCUGUAGAUAAUAGAAUUUUUGCAUGUUUGGGGGUGGAAGGAGUUUUGGUGUAGUAGUAGAGUUCUGUCAGUUGGUUUGAUGUAUAGGUCUGAUUCGAGUUUAUUGUUUGGAUUAAUGUAAACAGUUGUGUCAAGGAAGUUGACUGAUUUGUAUGAGUAUGUGUAGUCAAAUUUAAUUGUGGGAUGGAAGUUAUUAAUGUAUGAUAGGAAUUUCUGUAGUUUUUCAAUGCCAUGAGUCCGAAUUGCAAAUAUGUCAUCUAUGAAUCUUAUCCAUUCAAUUGGUAUAAGACCCUGUGGUGCUGCAUUGAGAAGCUUCCGUUCUAAUAUUGCCAUGAAUAUGUUGGCAUAAGUGGGUGCCACAGGUGAUCCCAUAGCAGUGCCAUGAAUUUGUAGAAAAUGUUCAUUGUUAAAUGUAAAGGAGUUUUUGUUGAGUAUGAGGGAUAAGAUAUCAAUCACUGAUUGUUUUAGUUCGGGAGUUAUUAUAUUGUUUUCAUUCAACAUGUCUACACAGGCUUGGAUGCCCUGAUCAUUAGGUAUGUUGGUAUAGAGACUCUUAACAUCAAAUGUGAUAAGUAUGAUAUUGUCUGGUAAGUCCUGAUUUAGUGGAAAAAAUUCUGCGGAGAAAUUCUGUUGUGUCUUGUACAUAUGAUGGUAUAUGUUUCAGGAGUGGUUUGAGGAGGUGGUCAGCAUAUUGAGAGAGCUUGACAGUCGGUCCUCCACAGCCUGAAAUUAUUGGUCUACCUGGAUUGUCCUGUUUGUGAAUUUUUGGUAAAAGAUAGAGCUGUGGUGUUCUUGCUUGAUUAUCAAUUGUUAGAAAUUUGUGUGUUGUGUUGUCAAUUAUGUCUGAUGUGUGGAGUUUAUUGGCAAGUCUUUUAGUUUCUGCUAAUGUCUCAAGGGUUGGGUCAUAUGUGAGUUUUUGAUAAUGAUUCGAGUCAUUUAAUUGUCUAUAUGCCUCAGCUAGAUAGGCAUCUCUGGGCCAGUAUUUAUUAGUAUUCAUGUGUGUGCAGGGUGUGUUAUUUUUGGUCAUGCAUUGCAUUAUUUUUGAAGUUUGUGUGUUUGGUUUAACAGAAAAUGGUGUAUCUGUGAUUUUACGUUUUGGGUUAUGUUGUGUGGAAUGUUUGUGUGCUAUGUUGUGGGUUUUGUCUGUUUAGUAAGAUGUGUUGCCAGUUGUGAGUGUUAGUAAGUGUUGGUGUCCUGUUAUGUUGUUGCACAUUGUUGGUCUUAUGGGUCAUUGGUUGUUGUGUAUUGUAGGUUGUUUGUGAGCGUGGUGGUAUUCGUAGUUUUGGUGUUUGAGGAUUGGUUGUAUUGAUAUGUGUGAUUGUGGGUUGUGUUGUACGGUAGGUUGUUUCAACUUUGCAUGAGUGGUGUUGUGGGAGUAUUUGUUGGUUGAAAUGAACUAAAUGACAGAGUUCUGUUGUUGUUAUGUCUGUUAUAGUUGUAUGAGUGUUGUGGUGUUGAUGUGUGUUGUGUUUGCAAUGUUUUUGGUGUUGUUGUAGUGUUAGUUUUCAUAGGGCUGUUAGUAGGGUUAUGUGUCCGUGCAUGUAUAUGGUUUUGUAUGUGGCUGUUGAAGGGAGUUUGUGGUGUGUGUGUGAUGUGUUUGCAUGAGUUGUGUGUAUUAUUUGUAUUGUGUUAGGUGUAUUUGUUGGAUGGUUUGUGUGUGUAUAGUUGAGUCCUGUUUUCUGUGGUUGUUUUACAUCGUUUAUUUGUGGUUUACUUGAUUGUGUUGGUUUAUUGAUUUGUGCUUUCAUGUUCUUGCUUUUAGCUUUAGUAUGUUUGACUUGAGGUCUAUUGUUUGUUGUUUGUGCUUUUUUUUGUGGAUGUGUUUUCUAAUCGUUUGAGUCAUUUGGUGGUUUUGUUGAGUGCAAGUAAGGACCGUUCUGUGUAUUUCAUGUAUAGUGUGUCUGUUGUAUUAAUGAGUUUUUGUGCUGUGUCGUCAUCACAUCUCUUUUUCAGUUCGUUUGUGCGGUGUUGUAGCUUGUAUUGUGUGUCUUGUAUGCAGUGUUUAUGGUAGUCAAUGGUUGUGUCUAAUAGCCCGAGGGAGGCAUUCGUGAGGAUAUUCUCCCAGCGGUCUUUAAACGUUUUGUCCAUAUAGUAUUUGCUCUUGUGGUGUAUCGUCAGGCCUGGAGGUAAUGUAUUUGCUCUCCUGUGUUCUUGUAAGUUUUCCAGGUUUGUAAGUAGUUUGUUGUGUCGUAUUUUAAGUCCAUAAAUGAUUUUAAAAGAUGUUAGUAAGUAUUUUGGUAUGUCGAUAAAGUCAAUACUGUUAUCUGUAUCGUUGUGCAUGUUGUCCUUGUUGUGAGAUGGGUGUUGGUUAGUAGAACUGUUUUGGUGUGAGUUGGCGUCAUUGUUAUUUGCCUCUUCAGUUAUGUCCAUGUCAACCUCGUCAGUGUUGGGUCUGUCCAUAGUCUGUUCAGUAAUGUUUUGUUCAAUGCUAGGUUCGUUUAAAUGUUGUUUGUCAGUGUCUGGUGAUCCGGUGUUUUGUUCAUGUUCAUUUGUUGCUUGGUCCUCCAUGUCGUACAGACAAAGUUCGUCUAUUUCUAGACUGUC